AUUCCGGCCUUUGAGAUGGUCAUGCGAGCGCGCACAAAUGUCUACCACUUGGAAUGUUUCGCUUGCCAGCAAUGUAAUCAUAGAUUCUGCGUUGGCGAUCGUUUCUACCUGUGUGAGAACAAAAUUCUCUGCGAAUAUGACUAUGAGGAACGUCUCGUUUUCGCCUCUAUGGCCAAUCAUCCGAUGUUGAAGCGACAUGCCAGCGCCAUUGGUCAAGGCUCACCGACGGGCGCUGGCGGCUUAAUGGGUGGUGGCAGUCCUGGCGUACCGGGUAGUGUUGUGCAAAAUGGACCGCGUACACCGGGCGAUCACAAUAACAACAAUGGCCCACAAAGCGGUGGUGGUGGUUCGCCGUUUGGCGUUCAAGCGGCAGCUGCAGCGCAUAUGAAGAACUCACUGGGCGCGUCCAGCUAAAAUAAAGCCUUGUCCAUGUUAGCCGGCGGUGGCAGUGGCAGUGGCAGUGGCAGUGGCGGCAACAAUGUCGGUGUCGGCGGCGUCGGCGUCGGCGUCAAUGCAGGGGCCAGCGUCAGUGGGUGCUAUUUUAAUAAUGGCGUAAGCGGCGGCGUCGGUAUCGGUGUCGGCAGUGGUGCAAGUCCUGGAGGUGUUGGUGCUGGCGUUGGCGGUGUAGGCGUGGACGGCGGCUGUAAAAGCUACCAAAGAAAAUACUAUGACAUAAAUUGACUGAAUGGUAAUGGUGGUGGUGGUGGUGGUGUUGGUGUUGUUGGUAGACGUUUGCCAAAUGAAGCAGCAAGUGUGGAAAGUAGUGAAAGGACAUACCUAAAAGGAUAAUUGUAGGAUGUAUGUAUGUACAUACUUUAUGUAUGAUGACUAUGUUAGUUAGUUUGAGUGUGUGAGUGUGUGUGUACGUACGUAUACCGUUGUGUAUAAUUAGUUGAUUUAGCGUUUUUAUAAUUACACUCAGUUAUUAAUUACUUACUUUCAUUGUGACUUGCGAACUGAAAGUCAGCUUAGAAAUGAAUUUAGUUUAAGUUGCUAGCAGGACAAUAUUUAAUUGUAGCUUUUAAUAUAAUUUAGUGUUUAUAAAUAUUCUUAAUUUAUUGUCAAACUUAUUUUAAUUUUAUGAAAAUGAUUCGUGUGCUGCAUAAUGAAAAUCGCGGAGAUUUGUUUGUGUAAAUAAGUAAGUGCAAGGGAUAUGCGAAAAUUAAUUGGUCGAUUGUGGAUAGCAACACAACCUCAACAAGAAAUGCUAUACAAGUUAAAAAAAA